AUUCCCAGUUCCCCAAAAACAUAAGGACGCACUUCCCGGGAUUGCUUCACUCACACACACACUCCUUAUUUAAUUCUCCUACCACCUUCCACCGCUGUGGCCUACCCAAACCCCCUUUCCUUAACUCUUAAUCCAUCUCAAAACAAUUAUUCAUUGUCUAAUUAACCACUGUUUUAUAUGAUUCGUUGAUCGACUGAUCUGGAAGGAUUUUUUUUGUUUGGAAGAGAGAAGUUAUGGAAAUAGAGCAAUUGAAGCUUGAGAAUACUCCGGCUAUGACGUUUGAUGAAGUGUCAAUGGAGCGAAGCAAGAGUUUCGUUAAGGCAUUACAGGAACUCAAGAACUUGAGGCCGCAACUUUAUUCUGCUGCAGAAUAUUGUGAGAAGUCUUAUCUUCAAAACGAGCAGAAACAAAUGGUUCUUGAUAACCUGAAAGACUAUGCUGUAAGAGCUCUUGUCAAUGCUGUCGACCACCUGGGAACAGUUGCUUAUAAGUUAACCGACUUGCUUGAGCAACAAACACUGGAUGUCACAACCAUGGAGCUAAAGGUCACGUGUCUUGAUCAGCGACUUCUGACAUGCAAAACAUACACUGAGAAAGAAGGCCUCAGGCAGCAACAGCUAUUAGCUAUCAUCCCAAGGCAUCACAAGCAUUAUAUUUUGCCAAAUUCUGCUGGAAAGAAGGUGCACUUCAGCCCUCAAGUUAAGAUGGACUCGAGGCAACAUUUACAAGCAAGACCCCGCCUUUAUCCUUCAGGUACGCCUGCUGCGAAAACUCUCUCUUGGCAUCUGGCAACAGAAACCAAAUCGACAUUGAAAGGGACUUCACGUACUUUUAUGAGUCCUGAGGAAGCAAAAGGUUCUGAAAAAGCAUCAGCCGCAUUCAACUUGUUAGAUGAAGAGAAUACCCGGAAGAAAACAUAUGUAGCUCGUCCUCAGUCACCCAACGUUCGUCCUGCAUCAAGUCUAGCGAUGCAAACUUUGGGGGUCACGCGGCAGGGUACCCUGGAGGGCAGCAAACCUCUAACACCAUACAGAUCAUUUGAUAAUCCAAGACGGGACAUUAUCCGUGCACCUAAUCGCAGCAGGAGUAUGCUCUCGGCUUUCUUUGUCAAGCAUAAGACAUCUAAGUUGAAGACCAGUGCUGUCUCGUAAUCUACCGUAAAAUCAGAGCCAAGAGGUGCCAUCCAUCUAACUUUCCAUCUGUAAAAGAGAAGUUGUACUAGGCCAUCACCUGGAGAACACCUACUUUUAAGAUCAUUCACAAGUUUCCCACGAUCAUAGGCAAUUUGUUUCGUUUGAGAAUCAAUAAAGAGCAGUGUGUAUAUUUGAAAGGUAAAGAUGUUAAUAUCUGUCUUCUUGUAGAAGAAAUUGUUGGAAAAAUAAUUCUCUAACUGCAUUGUCCAGUAUUCUUAAGCCGAGUGUAAUCCAUCCUCAAUGGUUGCAUAUCAA